AAUAUUCUUCCUCAAAUUUGCACAAACCUAUUGAAAUAAUCCUAUUUCAACUUUAUGUUGUUAAUAAAACAAUUUAUUACAAUAAAAAUGAAAAACUAUAGUAGAGAUUGUUUGUGUUGAAUACGGGUUUAAUUAAAUAGAAUUGGGCACUACAAAAUCGGCAGGACGGCGGAUGACGUGCAAUAUAAUGUUGUUCGGUCACCAUUCACUUCGUUGAGUGGUGCUGUUGUUUACGUGACAAUAUUUCUGUAAAUUUCACUCGAAAUGUAAGUAUUUUCAUAUGAUCCUAACUUAGAAGUUCCAACGUCUGAUUCGUGGUUCAACUGAAGCUGUUGUGGAGAUCUUAGAGUACAUGGGAAACACAGGAGACGGAAAAACAUUGGUAGCAAAUUUUCAACAACGGCAACGCAAACUGCAUUGCGAAUGGUGGAAUUGGAUUGAAGAUUGAUCAACUUCCCGAAAUGGGGAACUGUCACCCUGAUCAGACAGUGUAAGACUGCAAGAAUUUUACAAAACAUUCGGAUCUAGAGGGUUAAGUAAACCUGGAAAUGUCUGCAACCUCUUGUAGUAGAAAUACAACUUUUUAAACAAUUAAUUGUGUUUGUAAUCCACCACCAAAAUCCAAGGUAAAUACUAAUUUGAAAAAUCAGCAAAAUGUUUAGUGCGUUGAAGAAGUUUGUUACCAACGAGCAGAAUGCUGGAAGGGGCUUGGUACCCACUGGUAUGCAGACGAUGGGACAGAAUCUGCAGCGAAGAUUUGCUAAGGGUGUUCAGUAUAACAUGAAAAUUAUCAUCAAAGGUGACCGUAACACUGGCAAGACGACGUUGUUCCAUAGACUACAGGGAGAACGAUUUAAGGAGGAGUAUCUUCCCACCCCAGAGAUACAAGUCACCAGUAUACAGUGGAAUUACAAAGCGACUGAUGAUGUCGUCAAGGUGGAAGUUUGGGAUGUGGUGGACAAGGGUAAAUCUAAGAAGAAAGCAGACGGCCUUAAAUUAGAUACAACACAUGAAGUUGAAGAGACUGACGAACCAUGCUUGGAUGCGAGCUUUCUCAAUGUGUACAAGGGAGCCAAUGGAGUUGUAUUCAUGGUGGACAUAACAAAACAAUGGACAUGGGGUUAUGUCGAGCGAGAGCUUCCAAAUGUACCGAACCACAUUCCUGUCUUGGUGCUAGCAAGCUUCAGAGACAUAUCCGAACACCGCACAGUAGCUGAGGACACUAUGAGAUACUUCAUAGAAAACUUUGAGAGACCACCCGAUUCAGCCACAGUGCUACUAGCGGAGGCCUCCAUGAAAAACGGCUUCGGUCUGAAAUAUCUGCACACUUUCUUCAAUGUACCAUUCCUACAACUCCAGAGAGAAACGUUACUACGGCAACUAGAAACAAAUAAUCUUGAGACGAGCGCCACGCUGGAUGAGCUAGACAUGAGGAAGGAAUCUGAAGAUCAAAAUUACAACUUGUAUAUAGAGAGUCUAGAGGAACGACGGAGACAAAGGAAAGCCAAGGCUGCUUCUGCUGCAACUCUCACGCCAACAGUACCAAACGGAAGAGCACCACAGACAUCACCAUCAUCCCCUGGUAGUAAUCAAGGGUCAAGCCAUGCUACCCCGGUCUCGCAGAGCCCAGCCACCACACCGAAGCAAAACACCCCAUCAUCGACACCAGCCACGUCCCGCAAGGAUACCCAGCCAGCCAAGGAGGGCCAGCAAGACCAGCAAGCAGCACCAGCGAAGGACUCAAUCGACAACAAGCAGGGAGCAGCCCAGGCAACCUCUCUGUCACAGCGGUUCUCAAAAUGGUUUGGCGGGGGCGAGUCGAGGGUGCAGCAGGGGACAAAAGAGGACGGUGUUAAUGAAGCAGUGAUUGAAACGGUUGUGGAGGUCAAGCCUGGCCCGAUCACCAGCGUGGAUGAAUUCAUUCCGGACGAGGGGCUAGGGGGGUUCCUCGACGACGACGAUGGGCCAGGAAGGAAAAAGGGUAAACUCAAGAAGAAAGUAGAAAAGGUUGUGAAACCCCCGCCCCCAACGCAAGAAAGUGAUAGCGAUGAAGAUGUCAACCCAAUGGUCGCCAGCUUCCAAGAGGAACUGGAUUCCGAGGACGACAUCACGCCGUUCAAACCCACCAACUCAGACCCCCAAGCCCUGGUCACCUCAAGCUUUGACGUCGACCUUUCCAGCGACGAAGAAGAGGUGAUGACAAUUACACAAGACCGGGACAUUUCGUCAGAAGAUGACGACGGUGAUGAUAACGACGUCUAUAAAAGUCUGAAACUGAAAUCGUUGUCGACAAAUCAUAAACAAUCGUCGUUACCGGCGUCAAAUCAAGACGGAGUAGUGAGCGUUUUCUCAAUGUCGGUCGGAGCGCAGGAUGAAGUUGACGCUCCUUCAUUAAAGAGCAGUGCAACGCAGAGGAACGGCAGUGAGACGGCAUCUCCACUGUCGCCUCAAUAUCCCGCAUCAACGGACAGUACUAGUGAGGACGACCAGGGUCACCAGCCUGUGAGUAGGACAUCCAGUCAAACCACUGACCAAGACACCUCAACCGCAUCUCCUGCCUCCCCGAUGAUCCAGCUACAACAGGAGGACUUCAACUUUCUGGAGAAUGUCGGCUCUACCAAGAAACCAGGACUAACAAAAAGGCCGUCCUUACCUGCUGACGACUUUGACAAUCUUCUGACGGUGACCAGAGACCAAGACAUCAGUGACACGGACACGGUGACAAGUACGAGCACGAGCAGCUCUGCUGUCAAGAAGAAGAAGAAACACAAGAGCAAAGACAAAGAUGCGGAAGACGAGAAAAGCUUGAGAAAACACAAACACAAGAAGCAAAAGGACAAGAGCAAAGACCCUGGCAGACACAGCGACAAACACAGCGACAAACACAGUGACAGACACGGUGACAAAGGAGAUGGCGAGGAGAAAAAACGGAAGAAGAAGAAGUCGCGGGGAAACGACGGAGAGGUGUCCACCGUCGGGGAGGUCAAGCCGGACUUUGACGAACUGGAGGCUUUCUUAGAGGGACCUAGCCUGGGUUCACCCUCUUCUAGUGGACCGUCGUAUGAGGCGUUAUGAGACGGUAGUAGUCAAACUAGUAAAUUAUUUAAUACAUUAAUAAAAAAAUAAACACACGAAUAGCCGCUUUGACAUAUGGUUGGAUUCUAUUGGAGUGCAUGUUGGAUACGAUCUAAGCCUACAAUACGAUAUCAUGUGAUGACUACAUGUAUUCUGUACACAGUCAACCCUCUCACUGUCUGACCAUUACUACAAACAAACUGUAACUCUCAAUCAUCAAUUACUGAUCAUGUGAGAUCUUAAGAAUAACCCUCCUACUAUUUGACCUUUUAUUGAUCCACAGUGGUUUGUUAAUGAUAGACAAACUAUCUCAGCCUGCAAUUUGAUACCAUGUGGUGAAUGCAUCUACACAGUACACAGUCAACCCUCCUACUGACCAUUCAAUAUAAUUCACCGUGUGGUUUUGAAGGAUACAUGCAGAUAAACUAUAUCAGCUUGCAAUAUGAUAUCAUGUUGUGAAUGCAUCUACACAGUACACAGUCAACCCUCUCACUGCCUGACCAUUCAAUAUUCCAAUGUGGUUUUGAAUGGUACAUGCAGAUAAACUAUAUCAGCUUGCAAUAUGAUAUCAUGUUGUGAAUGCAUCUACACAGUACACAGUCAACCCUCUCACUGCCUGACCAUUCAAUAUUCCAAUGUGGUUUUGAAUGGUACAUGCAGAUAAACUAUAUCAGCUUGCAAUAUGAUAUCAUGUUGUGAAUGCAUCUACACAGUACACAGUCAACCCUCUCACUGCCUGACCAUUCAAUAUCAUCCAAUGUGGUUUUGAAUGGUAGAUAACUAUCUCAGCUUGCAAUAUGAUAUUAUGUGAACCGUUUAGUUGCUUAAAGGCAUUUGACACUAUUGGUAAUUGUCAAUGACCUGUCUUCUCACUUGGUGUAUCUCAACAAUAUGCAUAA